CCAAAUUUGUAGUUGGUUGAUGUUGGAGGCAAAGUGCUGAAGACGGUUGCUGAAACGUUUGGCAAACCAAGCAUAGGGAGAAGUUGGUCUGACAACGUCGUUUAUAAAUACAGAAACUUAAGAAUAUCUCUUUACCAGGUCAUCGUUUUAAAAGUACGGACAGCUACUCUGUGGCUGUUUUUCGGCCUUUAGCAUUUUGGAAUGCUUUUCAGAUCCAUUCAAAAGCCUUAUGCUACCAUUGAGCUUGAGGACAUCGAUGAGAUAUACAGUCCUACCACGAAUAAUGUCAUUCGUCAACAACGGUUAAGUCUAGAAACGAUUGGAGACACUGUGCUUGUUGAUACUUUUCAGUUAAAUGAAAAAUCGAAAAACUGGUUAGAAAUUUUAAAUUUUUGCACACUUGGUUUCAGCUAUGUGCUUACUAAAUGGAAGCCUUCACUGUAUUUAAAAGCAUUAGGCGCUAAAUGCACUUUUAGUUCAGCGAAAUUUGUUGCCAUCUACUCAAUGACAGAAAAGUGCACAAUAAUUCAGCCAGUCAUAUCGGUAACACCUCAAUUCACUUUUUCUGAUGGAAUUCUUACUUUUCCGAGUAAUUCAACAGUGAAGUAUUUUGAGUACAAGCGGCAGGUUUUCUAUUUGAAUCCUAAAACGCUCGAUUGGCAGGAAGCAAUGUACGAAAAGAUUGCAUACCACAUCUUUUCUACUAGCAAAAAUUAUGUUGCAAAUGGAUUGUCGACCUGUGCUGCGAAUUCGCUCAGUCAAAUUUGUCAAACGAAUGUUACUCGUUUCAAAGCUUCAAGUUUCUUGAGCUUAAUUACCAAAGAGGUGUGUCACCCAGUUUAUUUCUUCGAGAUUUUCUCCGUUUGCUUGUGGCUACUGGAUCACUAUGUCCUCUACGCAUCUUGCGUAUUCAUCCUUACGGCCUACAGCGUAGUACUCUUUGCUCUUGACAAUCGAGCAAGUGAAGAACACAUUGCUCGUCUUGUUGGUCCGAGCCAAUCAGUUCGAGUAAUUCGCGAUGGACAGUUGUGUUAUAUUCAACACGAGGAUUUGGUUAUUGGCGACUUAGUAGUAUUGCAGGGUUCCUGUAAAAUUAAUUUUGAUGGAAUACUUAUCUCUGGAACAUGCUUGUUGAAUGACAGCUUUUUGACCGGCGAAUCAGUACCAGUGAACAAACUUCCUGUCGUUUCCCAGCAAGACCCUUCAUUCGAAGAUGCUUGGGAGGAUGCCUCCUCUGAUGUUUUAUCUGCACAUGCAGUACACUCCGGAACAUUAUUACUGAAAACGUCCAACGCAAAUCCAAAUACAGAGCCAUUCGCUCUUGCUAUUGUAAUCCGUACCGGAUUUGUAACACGCAAGGGAAAACUACUAUUAUCCAUGCUCUAUGGAAGGGUCAAAACAUCGAGUCUUCAACGUGACUCUUACGCCUUUUUGAAAGCGAUGAUCAUAUUUGCUGCUGUGAUGUUUCUGGUAACGAUGUCUAUAAUGCAUUCUCGAGGUUAUGAAUUGCGGCUAAUUCUUCUCCGUGCUCUUGACUUAAUCACUAUCAUUGUACCACCCGCUUUGCCAAUGUCUCUAAACAUGGGUUUAGCAAACGCCUCACGUCGUUUGUCCAAGAAGAAAAUUACAGUAACGGAUCCCAAAAAGUUUCCCAACGCAGGGUCUAUAUCUGUUGUUGGCUUUGAUAAGACAGGAACACUCACGGAUGAUACUUUAACGUUUGAGAGUCUCUUCAUAAGUUCUAAAGACUCAACACUUAUUUCCACAUCACUAGAAGAUUUAAAGACGGACGCCGUUUUAACAGCCUUAAAAAUAGCCAUUGCUUGUCAUUCUUUAAGUCGCGAGAACAAUGAACUUGUUGGUGAUCCCUUAGAAAGUGCAUUGUUUAAUGGUUUCAACGGGAUUUUAGACAAUGAUGGCCCAAAUGUUGAGAUUACUUCAGCUCUUCUUCAAAACAGGUUUUCCUCCAGCAUUGAUCCUAAAGUGUCUAUAUUAAAGACAUUCGAAUUUUCACCUCAGCUUCGAAGAAUGAGCGUUAUCGCACAUGCAAGUUUUCUUGAUUGUGUCGAAGUUUAUGCUAAAGGUGCCGUUGAGGCAAUUGUUAAUAUCUGUAGCCAGGAAACAGUCCCAGAUUCUUUAAUGAACUCAUUAAAUGCUCUUGAAUCGAAGGGAUUACGGGUAUUGGCUUUCGCUUCCAAACAAUUAGACUUUGCUUACUACAAUUGCAAACAGUGGAAUCGUUCAGGCGUUGAAUCGAAUCUCACUUUUGGAGGACUUUAUGUGUUUCGUUCUCAAUUAAAACCUACCGCAAAGUCUGUUGUAAAAAGUCUUCUUAACAAUGGGAUUGAAGUGUAUAUGGCUUCUGGAGAUAGUUUGCUGACUUCUAAAGCUGUUGCAGCAGACAUCGGUUUUUUUGAUGAAAACAAAGUUAUUUAUACACCUUCCAUUAAUCAAAACACAUUACGAUGGUUACGACACACAACCGAAGACAAUGACUUACCGACCGAGUCAUUAGUGGAGCAGUUUCAAGAACAAGAUACCAUACAUUCCUCUUCUAUUGCUGUCGUCAUGACAGGUUCUGAUCUUCGAUAUUUAAUCAACUUGCUUCCGGCCCAUGAGCUUCAACGAGUCCUUCAACGAUGCAAGGUCUUUGGUAGAAUGUCACCAUCCGAUAAAGAAUUGCUUGUUUCUUCGUACCAAAAUUUUGGCUUAAAAGUUGCCUUUUGUGGAGAUGGUGCCAACGACUGUUUGGCCCUACAAAAGUCAGAUGCCGGAUUAUCCCUUUCAGUUUUGGAUACUUGUGCUGCAGCCACAUUCAUUAGUGAGCAUCUUCGUUUGAAGGAUAUGAUUGAAGUUAUUAUUGAAGGACGGUGCGCAACUGUUACCGGAUACUCAUGCUUUCAGUUUGUUAUCUUAAGCGCCAUUCUUCAAUUCAUAGGUGUUUUGUGCUUAUACGUUUAUAACUUCAAUUUCUCUGACGGUCAGUUUUUAACGAUGGAUUUAUUUGUGAUAUAUCCAUUGUCUGCAACAAUAAGUUCAUUUCACCCGACAAAACAACUAAGUAAGUGUCAACCUCCGGACAGAUUGUUCACUGUAAAGUUUCUCAAAACAAUAGCGACACAGUCAUUAAGCGCUUUCUUAGCAAACAUCAUAACUCUUAAUCUCGUUCUCUCUUUGGAACCGAAAUUACCACAGUCGGUUCCAGAGACUUCAAACACGCAGAAUGCACUGACGACAGCGAUGUUUUUUCUUUCCCUAUUUCACUAUAUUGGUGCAGCAUUUGCGGUAAACAAAUUUACGGUCUUUCGCCAACGCGCUUCUCAAAAUGUUCUAUUCCUUAGUGUUGUUACGUUAAUAUUUCUUCCUUGCAUAUUGUUAUGUUUCGGCACGCCAUCCUCUAUCUUUACGCAAGCUCUCUCUUGUGUGACGUUACAGUUCACGACCCGCUUGUUACUUCUUCUUUGCUCCAUAAGUUCGGCAUUCAUUUUGUACAUUAUACAGGACGUGUACUAAAUUUUUCUUGAAAAAGAGCCCCAUGUCAGACGUCUUCUCCCUUUACGUUUAUAAAGGAGCUUGUGCAGCAUUACCCAUUGUUUGGAAUAUGCAUUACACUCGUUAAUAUAAUCCUAACCUUACUCCGUCUUAGUUUCUUCCUCCAUUAGCUCAUUACCCCAAAUGGAACGAGAGGGAGUCCAUAUUUGAAGAAUGUUAUCUUCAGCAGCCGUAGCAAGGGUCCAGUUGUAAUUUGGGCACCAUCCCAUAUCAAUGGCACAUGAGGUGUGUCCACCAUGCAUAAAGAGUAACUCCGGUGCACCAUCCUGCACCUCAUCAGAAGGCUGCUCUUCGCCAAUUCGGGAGAGAUCCCACAAAAGUGUUCGACGGUCCGCCGAAAUGGAAGCGAGAACGGGUUCUUCAUGAGGGGAAAAGGCAACUUUAAGUACACUGUCUUCAUGCCCUUCCAGGGUAUAGAGGCGAUGGUUGAGGUUCCGCAGAUCCCACAGAGCAAUUGUUUUAUCGGAAGAAGCAGUAGCAAUAACAAACUCAUUUAAAGGAUUAAACGAGAGACUGUUUACAGAAUCGUUGUGCGCACGGACACUUCUUAAAGGCUUGGAAGAGUCGGGACGACGAAUAUCGUGAAUAUGAAGGAAUUGGUCCUGAGAAACGGAGCCGAUGAGACUGCCAUGGAGGGGAUGAAAUUUGACAUCUGUAACAGCCUUUUCAUGUGUUGUAUGACAGUGUAUCAAACCAGACUCCGGCUCUGAGGAAAUUGCAUUUAUGUCCCAAGAACAGACAGUAGUAUCUUUUGAACCAGACACAAAUUGAUGCUUUACAACGUUGUUCCAGCAAACGGAGCUGCAGGGUUGAGUAUGCUUUUUAAACCGGUGUUUGGCAACCAAGUUUCCAUUUUUUGAACUUUCGCAGGCCUCGAAUGAACUUUUAUCAAAUAAGAGAAUAUCGUUAUGACGGGUUCCAAUCGUGAGUACACAGGAUGGAUCCUGAGGCAUCAUUCGGGCACAUAACAGAGAAUCUGUGUGACCGUACACCUUGUUUAUCUUUACACGCAUAGAAGGACUGUUUUCUUUUGCUUCUUCUGCAACGGCAGAAGCUUUCACUACAGGACUCAAGUAGGGAAGCUGAACUGAAGCCUUCGCCAAAACAUAUUUGUUUUGGCUAGCACGAGCGGCUAACAGCAUUUCUUGUUGUGAAUAACCUUUUUCAGCGAACCUUCUUCUAGUUAACAUUCAUUCAAAACGUGUUCUGAUAAAAGCGUACACUUCUUGUCCGUAACACCAUUCCAAAGACAUGCAUGGCCAUUCCAAGGCUCUGGUUAUAAUCAAAUCGUACAAAAAAGGAGAGUUUUUCUUCCAUAUUUUAUAUUCUGUGAUGUUUAGUUUAAUAAAACCGAAUUGGUCCAAACAAACCUUCAUUUAUGCAUUUUUCCUGAACGAUUCCC